AGAGAGAGAGAGAGAGAGAGAGAGAGAGAGGGAGGGAAAGGCUACUUUCAUUUAAUAGUGUUGAAGGAAUGGCAUGUAGGCACAUUUCUUCUUUGCAUUUUCUUGUCAUUAUUUGAAAUAAUGGAAUAGGUCCUACGUCUUCACAUUUACGAAUUGCGCGUGCAACAGUCGUAUCAUCAUCGGACGACCACUAGACAAAGCAGUCGUUUAUCGUUUCUCUUGUCGGAGUACUUUUAGAGGUCUUGUGAAACGCUGGUAGUUUUCGCGUUGACUGCCCUUGGUUUCGGGCCUCGUGUUCUUGUGCGAAUGAUUUAACAUAGUUGUGGCUUACUUUGUUUGAGUUCUAUUAUGGAGUUACCGUCCACAGAAAAUAAAUGUUUCACAGAGAGUAACCUGAACUCGGCGAAUAGGCGUAGACAAGGAGUCAUGCCGACAAUACACACCACUACCCUGUUUCUUAUUUUCACCAAAGUUCUCACUGUUCACGCCGCCUCCUUCCACUUCACCAAGGAGCCCAAGUCCCAGGAUGCCUUGCACGGCCGGAGUGCCAUGUUACGCUGCGAGGUCAGCGACGCGGAGAGCGUGAGUUACAGUUGGCUGCAAAACGGCGAUGCGGUGAACGACACGGAGCGCCUCUUUCGGGAGGGCGGCAACCUCAAGUUCACCGCUGUGGACCGCGUGCUGGACGCCGGGACCUUCCAGUGCCUGGCCGCCAACAAUGCCACGGGAGAAGAGGAGCGCUCCACCGAGGCGUCCUUCAACAUCAAAUGGCUAGAGAGUGGUGGGGUGACCCUGAAGGAUCCUGCAUCAGAGCAGGACAUCGAGAGCUCUGCCCCUGUGACGUUGAGGUGCAACAUCGAUGGACACCCACGACCAACAUGCCACUGGUACAGAGACGGUGUGCGCCUGCCGGAGAAGAGCCAUCAGAUCAACAACAAGGAGCGAACUCUGACCCUGCCCAGUGCCAGCCCAGACAACAAUGGCCUCUACUAUUGCUGUGCCAAAAAUCCAGCCGGGCACGUGUGCAGCAAUGCCAACUUCACCCUCAAUAUCAUAGAUAAGAGUUUCCCUCGUCCCGUGGUGGUUCCUGAGGACCUGGUGGUGAUGCGGAACGAGGAGGCCCUCCUUAACUGCCUGUUCACCGCCGAGCCCCCUCCCACCCAAGAGUGGUACCACCAGGAUGAGCUCAUCACCAACAAGUCCCGGUUGGUGAUGUUGAACAAUGGCUCCCUGCUCAUCACCCAGGUGAAACCCAGAAACACUGGGCUUUACAAAUGUGUGGCCAAAGGGCCCCGCGGACUCCCUGUCACUCUGGAGGCCACCGUGAACCUAGCAGAAAUCGAGGAGAUGGGCCCCAGCCAGAGCCGGGUCUUCUCUGCCAACUCCCUGGAGCGGGUAUCCUGCCGCCCCCCUCGCGGCCACCCGGAGCCCGAUGUGUGGUGGGAGUGGGGCGGGGAACGCGUUCCCUCAGAGGGCAGGGUCUACCAGGACGGACUGGAGCUGGUCUUCAGCCCCACCCAGGGGGAAGACUCAGGAUUGUAUACCUGCGUGGGCCAGAACAAAGCCGGUACCAGGAGGCAGGAGCUGACCGUCACCGUGGCCACCCCUCCGGAGUGGGUGACAAAGCCAGAGGACAGCCAGCUGGAGGAGGGCCUCCCUGGGUACCUGCAUUGCCACACCCGCGCCACACCCCAGCCCGAGGUUACCUGGUACCGCAACUUCAUCCCCAUCACCACCGAGGACAUUCGCUUUAAGCUGUACCCCAACGGGACCCUGAGGAUCAACAGUGUGGAGGUGUAUGAUAACCACUUAUACAUGUGUCGGAGCCAGACGGAGGCCGGGAGGGUGGAAGGCCGGGCCCGGGUCUUCGUACUUGAGAAGCUGAAGUUCACACCCACCCCCCAGCCCUCCCAGUGUCUGGAGUUGGACAAGGAGAGCACUGUGCAGUGCUCUGCCAAGGGCCGCGAGACCCCCACCAUUCAGUGGACCAAAGCAGAUGGCAGUGAGCUGCCGGAGCAUGUAGUCCAGACCGGCGGCGUGCUCCACUUCGCAAAGGUGACGAGGGACGACGCGGGCAACUACACCUGCCUGGCAUCCAACAGCCUGCAGGGCCAGAUCACAGCCGCCGUGCAGCUCACCGUAGCAGUGUAUAUAACAUUUAAUAUGGAGCCGGAGCACACCACUGUUUACCAGGGCCACACAGCCAUUCUGCACUGCCAGGCCACCGGUGACCCCCAGCCCUUUAUCCAGUGGAAGAAGAAAGACAAGUUCCUGGAGCCUCGCAAGAGCAGAUUUCAGAAGAUGCCCAAUGGCUCUCUGGUCAUCCAUGACGUGAGUGUGGAGGACACGGGAAGCUUCACAUGCAUCGCUGGCAACAGCUGCAAUAUCGGCCACACAUCGGCAGAGCUCUAUGUCGUAGAGAAGCCCGUGCACCACUCGUUGGAGGAGGACGAAAAGGCGCCCUACAAGAUGAUCCAGACAAUCGGCCUAUCGGUGGGCGCCGCCGUGGCCUACAUCAUCAUCGUCCUGGGCCUGAUGUUCUACUGCAAGAAGAGACGCAACAGGGAGAGGAGGGAGACAGAGCACCUCAACGGGGGCACGGUGCAGACCAACGGGCAGGCCACCGCUGAGAUCCAGGAGGAGGUGGCACUGACCAACAUGGGCACCACGGCCAGCAGUGCCAACAACAAGCGCCACAGCAGCCACGAGAAAGGGCCCUACCCCCGCGCCAACCUGACCACCAUCACCACUCUGGGAAAAGGUGAGUUUGGCGAGGUGUUCCUGGCCAAAGCCAAGGGCCUCAUGUCAGCAGGAGGCAGUGAAGAUGAGGAGGAGACAGUGGUGCUGGUGAAGAGUCUGCAGACGCGGGACGAGACCCUGCAGCUGGAGUUCCGCCGCGAGAUCGAGAUGUUCGGCAAGCUGGGCCACCCCAACCUGGUGCGCCUACUGGGCAUGUGCAGAGAAGCCGAGCCCCACUACCUCAUACUGGAGUACGCUGAAUUGGGGGACCUGAAGCAAUACCUCAAGAUGUCCAAGAACAAGGAGGAGAAACCCAAGUCCCAUCACCUCAGCACCAAGCAGAAGGUGGGGGUGUGUCUGCAGGUUGCCCGGGGGAUGGAGCAUCUAUCCAAUCAGCGCUUCGUCCACAAGGACCUAGCCACCCGCAACUGUCUGAUCAGCGCCAAGAGACAGGUCAAGGUGUCUGCACUGGGGCUCAGCAAGGAUGUCUACAACGAUGAGUACUAUCACUACCGGCAGGCGUGGAUCCCUCUGCGCUGGCUGCCCAGCGAGGCCGUGUUCGAGGACGACUACUCCACCAAGACGGACGUGUGGUCCUUCGGCGUGCUCAUGUGGGAGGUGUUUAGCCUGGGGGAGCUGCCGCACGCUGCGCUCGACCACGACAAGGUCCUCGAAGAGCUGAGGGAGGGCCGGGGGAAGCUGCCCCUGCCCCAGGGCUGUCCUUCUCGGGUGUACAAGCUGAUGACUCGCUGCUGGGCCUCCAGCCCCAAGGACCGCUCCUGCUUUAGUGACAUCGUCUCUGCCCUGAGCGAACUGCCCUCCGAGAGCAAGGUGUAACACACACGGCCCAGGUGCACAGUUUGUGUGUGUGUAAGGGUAUGAAUGUUUUAUCAAUGGGGGGAGGUGACGUGUGUGAGAGCGGAUGUGUACGUGAAGGACAUAUACACGUUGUUGUUGUUGUGCAUGCAUGUAUUGGCCUUUUGAGUUUGUGUGUCUAGCACUCCAGGACUAUCCUACUCCGCCUGGUUGGCUUCUGUAGUUAGCGUCUGCAAGAGCAGAACGAGACUCUUAACAACAAGGAACUUUGGUCGCAAUUGAGGACCCAGCCGAGAAGAGCUCAACAUCCAAUGAGCUUCUCCUUCUUCUCUAUGGAUUAAAAUGACUAUUUUUUACAAUGAGGACUUAUAUUCUGCCUUAGCAGGUCAAAUGGUGUCUAUAACAUUUUAAUCUAGAAACUAACGACAGUUAACGUUGGCACGGUUUUCACCCCAAUUGAAUCUUUUCUGUUACUCAUGUUUGCGAAUGGACAAGACAAAAGGGACAUUUUCUUCCCAGAGCCAAACGGGACAUGAAGGUACAACCUCUUCAGGAGGUAAAAUCUUAUCUCUCACCCUGUUAGAUAUGAUCAGAACGAGGUAAAGGGCCAGCAGUGGCAUUAUUGAACUUGUGUGGAGUUUAGCUGGAGUGUGGAUGGAAUCACCGCUUGCUCACAACACUAGUUUUCCUUGCCUUGAAGGUAAAUCUUUGGUUGAUUUUAAAGUAUAGUCGUGGCAGUAUAUGGACCCUGAAUUAGCUUCAACAUGCUAUUUUGGAGUUAAGAUAACUGAUCAUCUAAGCUGUAGCAUUAUAGGCUAGCUAUUUUAUAAAGGCCAUCCUGUCAUGAACAGUUUUGUACUCCUAUCAAAGAUGUCUGAAUGUUACUGCUCCAUUUGCCCAUCAAUCAUCCAAUCCUAUCGCGACCAGAGCUUUUCCAAUCAGAGUGGGAGAAACCUUUCUUCGUAGACAUUUGUCUAAAAGUGCUUUGUAUACAUGCUUAAAACAUGCACUGAUCACAACUAUACCUUUUUGUUUUCUAGAAGGAUUGUUUCGGAGACCUGUUAACUUAUUUUAAAGGUCCUGUUUUGUAUUUUUUCACUGUAUAGAAAGGUACUAAGCUUCUUUGAUAUAAUUUUUUUAUGUGCGAGGCAUUUUAUGAUUUGUGUAAUAGUUUGUCUUUUUUUUUUUUUUUUUUUUUGAAAUAAGGUUCUCCUGAAUUGAAAAAAAAUGCCUGGCAAAUGAAGGACUUUGCAUCAGAUUGCUUUCUUGCUAUUGUUUUUAUAUUUACUUUCUUGCUUUUCUUUUAAUAUUUACUUUUUUACUUGAACAUUUUUAUACAUUACAGUUUUCUAUUUUAAGUAUGUUUAUACAAACGCAUAUUAGCCAUGGCAUAUACAUGGCGCUGGUCCAAUAAAAUAUUUGUUGUAAAUGUA